ACUCAUCUUUAAGCCCUUUACAACUCUCAACUGGAAAAGGAAAGAUUCUUAUUACACCUUUAGUUUUCCUUCAUUCUUAGUUUGAUGUAAAUUGUUUCUCUUCAGAAGUUGAAAGGAAGGAUUUUUUUUUUAAAAACUACUUUGGCUUGAUAAGUGAAAAUGGAAAGAGGAAAAGAAAAUGAAGGACAAACAAAAGGGGAAGAUAACAAAUCAUUGGUGUCAUCCGUUGUACUUCACGAGGAUAUUGUCAAUCUUAUAGAUUUCAUAGAGAGGUUAAGUAAUGGGUAUGUUUUAACUUCGCUUGACAUAGAUCAAAUUGAAGAUUUGACAUUGGAGCUGACGUUUGUAUCCGCAUUUUGUCAUCUUUAUUAUUCUUUCUUUUCGGAAGGUUGUAGCGACGAAAUGUCUUGCAUAUCAAAUGAGAUUCAUGAUCUUGUUCAGUCACUUUUGCAUCGACAUGGAGAAGACAUGGUCGUUAAUAUGAAUUAUCAUGACCUCUUUGAGAAUAUCAAAAGUUAUAUUAGCUAUGCUGAACCAAGUCGUGUAACCACGACCGAGGAGGAUCGUUUGGUUGAACUUUUGGAUGCCAUCCUCAUGUAUCUCCAAUAUCUACCCAAGUUGUAUUCUGAGUUUAUUUUUACAUCAAUGACUCAAUAUGAGCUUCUUCAGAAUGUAUUUGGCAAUUUACGAGAUUUCCAUAGGUUGAAAGUAAAUGGUUGCGUUGAGUAUGAGACAAUCGAAUAUGUCAUACCCCAUCUUUUGUAUUGUCAACUUGACGGAUUAGAUGAAUCAGAUGUCUCUCGAGUUAACCCCAAGCUAGCUAAUCUACUUGUGGAGGUUAUUCCUGUUGAACUGGAGGUUAUGCACAUAUGUUGUACAAAUUUGAAAGGUUCAAAGUCGGAAGAAGUUGGACGUUUCAUCAAUCAGCUCGUAGAAGCCUCUCCGGACAUUCUUAGAGAAUCUCUGAUUCAUCUACAAGAGCACAUGGUUAGUGCUGUUACUCCUAGUGCUUCUACGUGUAACAUUCAUGUCAUGAUAGAGUUCCUAUUGAUUAUUGUUACUGACAUGCCAACAGACGUUAUUCGUCAUGAAAAAUUGUUUGUUCUCUUGGCACGUGUUAGAGAACUUACCAAGGAGGUAUUCAUUCUUGUUCGCAACUUAGAAGAGAAUAUGAACGCAACAAGCGGUACAGGUCUAAACUUGCUGGAAAAUAUUGAACUCCUCAAGGAAGAUCUCAAGAAUGUUUUCUUGAAAGCCUGUGCAGACUCAUCUCAGCUCCGCUUCCCCAUGAGUGAUGGACCGCUCUUCAUGACUCUUCUACUCACAAACUUAAAUGACUUGGUCAAUUCAAAUGCUUGUUCAGUUGCUUUGAUAAAAGAAGAAAUUAAGCAGGUGAAAGAAGACCUGGAAACUAUAAGAUCGUUCUUCGGGUAUGCUGAGCAAGAGUUGCAUAGAGAUCUUUGGACUCGUGUUCUAGAUGUGGCAUAUGAGGCGAAACAUGUCAUUAACUCAAUUCUUGCCCGAUAUCAUGGUCUAUUGCAGCUUAUCUUCAUACUUCCUGAUACCGUAGAAAAGAUCAAGCUUGUCAAAAAAGAGGUACAAGAGAAGAUCCCCAAGAGCAGCAGUAUUAUUGCUGCAAACGCUCCCAACAAGCCGGUUGAAAGAAACUCAUUGAGUACAGUUGGUAAAAUAAUUGUAGGUUUUGAGGAGGAGACAGAGUGGAUAAUUAGGAAGCUCACCAGCGGACCAGCUGAGAUAGAUGUCAUUUCCAUAGUCGGCAUGCCAGGGCUUGGAAAAACUACUUUGGCAUACAGAGUGUAUAAUGAUAAGUCCAUUGUUGAUCAUUUCGAUGUUUGUGCUUGGUGCACAGUCGACCAGGAACAUAAUGAGAAAAAGUUGUUGCAGAAAAUUUUCAAUCAAGUUAUUGGUUUGAAAGAAAGAUUCAAUGAGAAGGACAUAGAUGAUGAAGUUGCUGAUAAGCUGCGGAAACAACUAUUUGGAAAACGGUACCUUAUUGUCUUGGAUGACAUAUGGGAUACUGCAACAUUCGAUGAGCUAACAAGACCUUUUCCUGAAUUACAGAAAGGAAGCAGAGUUAUUUUAACAAGUCGGAAAAAGGAAGUUGCUUUGCAUGGAAAAUGCCACAGUGAUCCUCUUUAUCUUCGAUUGCUAAGAUCAGAAGAAAGUUGGGAGUUAUUAGAGAAAAGUGUAUUCGGAGAAGAACGUUGCCCUGAUGAACUAAAGGAUGUCGGAGAAAAGAUAGCUCGUAAGUGUGAUGGGCUUCCUUUAGUACUUGAUCUAAUCAGUGGAGUCAUUUCAAGGAAGGAAAAGAAAGAAACUUUGUGGCUUGAAGUUCUCAAUAAUUUGAGUUCCUUUAUUUUUAAGGAUGAAGAGGAGGUUGUGAAGAUUAUACAAUUAAGUUAUGACCAUUUGUCAGAUCACGUAAAGCCGUGUUUGGUUUACCUUGCAAGUUAUCCAAAGGAUGAAGAUAUAAGGAUCUCUGAGUUGAAAGCUCUGUGGAUUUCUCAAGGACUCGUGCAGCAGAUUGUGAUGAAAAGUGCAGAAGAAGUAGUGGAUGAGUUAAUUUCCAGUAGCUUGGUAAUACCUUUCGAUAAUUCUAUUUGCAAAAUUCAUGAUCUUGUGCAUGACUUUUGUUAUAUAAAAUCUAGAAAGGAAAAGUUGCUUCACUUCAUAGGAGGUUCAAAAGCUCCGUCUUCCUCUUCUUCGGAUCUUAUGCCACGUGGAAUGAUCAUUCGUUUUGAUAAAUAUCUAUUUCAUUUCAAUGAAAUUUUUGUCGUGUUUGAUCCAGAAAUGAAGAAUCCUUAUGUUAAACACCUCCUCUCUCUGAAGAUUGAUGAGCAUUGUCUUCCCUACAACAGUCACCUAAAACACUUGAGGCUUCUUCAAAGUUUGGAUUUACACGACAUAACAUUGACUGAUUCUUUGCUGAAUGAAAUUGGUAUGCUCGUUCAUUUGAAGUACUUAUUCAUUCAGACGAAGUCAAAAGCUCUCCCUCCGUCAUUUUCAAACCUCUGCAAUCUAGAAACUCUGUUGGUGGAUAACUCAGAGGGAUCAUACAUCCUAUCGCCUUGUUUUUGGAGUCUUGCAAAGCUACGAGAUGUGCGCAUCAACGCUUGUUCUUUCUAUGACCCAUACAUCAACGAACCAACUGUGUUAGCCGAGGACUCAAGGUUAGAAAAUUUGAGAACAUUACAUGAGCUCUACCUUCAAGGUUCAGAAGACACGGAGAAUAUUUUCAAAAGGUUUCCUAAUCUUAAAAACCUUAGAGUCUGUAUCGAACAACUAUCAGAUUGUUCAGCAGAGAAGAUUUGUUUUCCAAGAUUGGAUGUCCUUAACGAACUUGAAGAACUCCGUUUAUAUUCAUUCAAUGAAUAUACACACGGCUUCCCUUCGAGCUUGAAGAAAAUGAGGUUGCAAGGGCUCGCUCUGACAUUCGAUUCAAUGUCAAGAAUCGCUAGACUACCCAACCUUCAAAAACUAAGUCUAGAAGACGCAAUCAUCGAGGAGGGGAAAGAAUGGAACAUGGAAGAUGUCACCUUCCAGAAUCUCAAAUUUCUAAAAUUGGGUAGGGUGGAAUUUUCUGAAUGGCAGGUUGAUGCAGAGAAAUCCUUCCCCGUGCUCGAGAAACUUGAUAUAAAUUGCUGUGAUAAGCUUAUGGAGAUCCCAGACAGUUUUGGAGAUAUUGCGUCAUUAAAGUUGAUCAAUGUAUGGUACAGCCCUCAGCUUAAAGAGUCGAUCUUCAAUAUUAAGGAAUAUGUUGAAGAAAUGACCGGAGAAGACAAGCUUGAGGUACACUUCCAUGGUAGAUGAUCUAAAGAAUAGAGAUCGAGCUAGCGCAUAUUAAGGUUGGCCAGAUCAUAUCAACCUGUAAAGGCUUUAAAUGAUGAACCGAUCCUAAAGACAUGUAUGCCUUCUUCCAACGCGGUUUUUCUAUAUCCAUUUCGUUUAUUGAUAAAAUUGUGGUUAAUAACUGUUUAUUAAGUCUAAACAAUGCUAGCUAUCAGUACUUGUGUUCCUUUAUUAUAACAGAUGAGAUAUUCUAUAUAUGUGUGCUUUACA